AUAUGAUCCAUAAAUCAUCCUUUACAAUGGUCCCACAUGCCAUAACAAUCAAAUUAUAUGUAAAAAAAUUGGAAAAUAUAAAAAAAUAAAGUAAAAUUCCACCCUUUAAAUUUAAUUCGACUAGUUUAAUUUGACUUCUCUUUUUCGUAUCCUCCAAUUUGUUUGAAACUAUGAAGCAACUGUGCUAGUUUCAUAACACAACAUGCUGAGAGACGAGGCUCUCAAAGACCCCUCCUUUGGCUCCUUUGGCCCACUUUUAUGCUAUGAUUCAAAGUUUCUGUCUCGAUAUUAUCCUUUGAUCUUUCUCAUUGCUUGCCCAAUUUCAUCAUCAUUAGGCUUCGUUAAAGGCGAUGAACUUAUUUGCUUGAGUAUUCCACCACCACCAACAACUACUAUGAGACACCCUUCAAAACAAGCCGAUUCCUAAACGGAAUCAAAACUCAUAGCUCUUCCCCUUAUCUUUCACCCAUGAAUCCUUUCUAAAAUACAGUGGGAUUGGGAAAAAAAAAGUUCCAAAAAUUCCAUAUCAAAGAAUUGAAACAAAGAUUUUGGCUUCUGGGUUUCAAUGGAGGGUACUCCACCUGUAGAACCGAAGAAUCGUUCAAUCCCAAGUCGAUUAAAUUCGUUUGUGGCCAACUGCAAAGUCGGCAAAAGAUUCAAACUCACUGAGAGGAAAACCACUUUCACCACCGAACUAAGAGCCGGAACAGCAACUUUCCUUACCAUGGCAUAUAUCUUAGCCGUGAACGCCAGCAUCCUGACGGACUCAGGCGGCCCCUGCACCAUCGCUGACUGUGACAACCCGAGCGAGUCCUGCAAGUUUCCCCCAGUGGAUCCAGGCUAUGCAGCUUGUCUUGAAAGGACCCGUAAGGACCUAAUUGUAGCCACCGUAGCAUCUUCGCUUAUUGGCUGUCUUAUCAUGGGUAUAUUCGCCAACCUUCCUUUAGCUUUAGCUCCAGGGAUGGGCACAAACGCUUACUUUGCAUACACAGUUGUGGGGUACCAUGGGACGGGCAACGUGCCCUAUAAAAGUGCCCUAACAGCUAUCUUCAUUGAGGGCCUCAUUUUUCUCCUCAUUUCAGCCGUUGGGUUACGAGCAAAACUUGCUAAACUCGUCCCUAAACCUGUGCGAAUUUCUUCCUCUGCUGGAAUCGGAUUGUUUCUUGCUUUUAUUGGAUUACAAAACAAUCAGGGUAUUGGCCUUGUUGGGUACAGCUCUUCAACCUUAGUUACACUUGCAGCCUGCCCAAGAUCCUCCAGGAAAGCCUUAGCUCCGGUAGUUACCGCUGCUAAUGGCACAAUUGGUUUGAUCCCUGGCGGGACUGUGUCAAGUGAAAUUUUUUGCAUGAAUCAUCGAAUGGAGAGUCCCACCUUUUGGCUUGGAAUAGUUGGUUUUGUGAUUAUUGCCUAUUGCCUAGUGAAAAAUAUUAAAGGUGCCAUGAUUUAUGGUAUCAUUUUUGUUGCAGUUAUUUCAUGGUUCCGUAACACUGCUGUAACAGCGUUUCCUAAUACGGAUGUUGGAAAUUCAGCUUAUCGGUAUUUCAAGAAGAUUAUUGAUGUGCAUGUGAUUAAGAGUACGGCUGGGGCCUUGAAUUUCAAAGGCAUGGAUAAAGGUUAUUUUUGGGAGGCAUUGGUAACAUUUUUGUAUGUGGACAUACUAGAUACCACGGGUACAUUGUAUUCAAUGGCUCGUUUCGCCGGUUUCACAGAUGAAAAUGGAGAUUUUGAAGGUCAAUACUUUGCUUUCAUGUCCGAUGCUGCAUCAAUUGUGGUAGGGUCACUUCUCGGGACAUCACCGGUGACUGCAUUUAUUGAAUCGUCGACGGGGAUUAGAGAAGGGGGAAGGACAGGCCUAACAGCGUUGACAGUUGCAGGGUAUUUCUUUCUAGCAUUUUUCUUUACACCAUUAUUGGCAUCCAUCCCAGCAUGGGCAGUAGGGCCGCCAUUGAUCCUGGUUGGGGUUUUGAUGAUGAGGUCGGUUGUGGAGGUUGAGUGGGACGACAUGAGACAGGCCAUUCCUGCAUUUGUGACAUUGAUAUUGAUGCCCUUGACAUAUUCCAUAGCUUAUGGUUUGAUAGGAGGGAUUGGGACAUACAUUGUUUUGCAUCUUUGGGAUUGGGCAGAGGACUUGUUAGGACGAUUAGGAAUCAGGAAAGCAAUGAUAAAGGGUAACAAUCUGCUAAAUGAGAGAAAUAAUAAUGUAAAUAAUAGUGCUUCGCAAGGGGAUGACAUGAGGCCCGAAGUACUCUAGAGGAGAUCUCGAUUUGUUCUUGUUUAAUGUUAAUGUAUUUAGUUUUUGCUUUUGAGUUCCACCCAAUGUUACUCGAGUCAAGGGUGAAUAUCUAAUAUGCGUAUCACAUACGAGCAUUUCAAGAAAAGUAAAAAUUCGCAACAAUAUAG